CAAACACACAGCGCGGGCUGAUUUCCGCGCAACCCUUCUUCCCAUACACCCGUGCUCCGUGUUUCGUGCUCUGCACCUCACCAGCUCCAGCAGCACCAACCACCUCUCAACUCACGAGCCAACAUGAGCUACGAGGAGGACGACGAGGAUCGCUCGUACUACCAUGGGCGCAUUUCGCGAGACGAGGCCGUGUCGCGGCUCCACGAAGGCGGCAAGGAUGGCUCGUUCCUGCUGCGCAUGAGCGAAUCACAGGACGGCGUCUACACCGUCUCUGUCAUGCAAGGGACUGCUGUGCGUCACAUUCGUGUCAUCAACAAGGACGACGGAGGAUAUGCCUUGAGCCCCGCCGAUCCAAGCGUGCCCUCCGUCUGGGAACUCAUCCAACGGCAGAUGAACAGAACACUCACCAACUCCUUUGACACAUACGACAACGUCGCCUUGAGGCAUCCGCUGCAGGCGCCGGGCAGCGUGAUUGCGCCCGAUCUGCUGUGCAAGGCGGAGGAGGCCGGCAUGGACGCGUCGGAGUUUGACCAGGACGUCGCCGCGUUCCUCGAGGGCGGGGUUGACAGCAAAGAGCUUGUUCGCCGCCGCUCCAAGAAAUACGGCCCACGCGGCAAACCCCAGUCGGAUAUGGUGCGCGAUGCCCUCGGCACCGUUGACAGCGACGUCGAGCGCUUCAUGAACGGCGGAAUCAGUGCGAAUGAGCUGCAUCGUCGCCGAUCUGUCAACACCCGGCCCGCGCGGUCGUCGUUGCCGGCUGUGCAGGAGGCUGGAGCGCGCAGCUGAUAAAACGCCGGCUACUUCUGCAUCGUCGUCAUCAUCAUCAUUGUCGCCUUUGUUGUUGUGUGCUGUGUGCACUCUCACACAUACGCAACAGCGCCACUCACUCCUUCGUGUUACCGCCAUUCACUCUUGACCUGUUUCUUCUUGCUGGCUUGCUUUCGUUCCCAUCGCUCUUUGUCGCACACUCGCACUUCCCCUCGGCCGUCGCAUUGGCAGUUCACCCACUGCUAUGUCGUCGUCAACCUCGGGAUCUGAUGUGCGUCGCUGUGCUUGUUUGUGUCACUCAACAAACGACCACAGCCACAACCUCUCCCACACAACGCAUAAUUGGUGUUGCUUUUUUUUUUUUUUUUUUGGCUUAGUUUCGUCUUGAAUCACCACACAUCAUCAUCACGACUCCAGCCUCAGCCCCGCAUGCCUGCCUUCGUUCGUUCCCUCUUCUCCGUUAGCUCUCCGCCGCCCUCUGAACACCACAAGAUGUGUGCACGUGGUUAAUUGCUUCAUUUACUCUGCAGAACAUUCACCAUUGAAUCCCAGGCAAACCCACAAACAAACACGUGCAUGAAACGAAACAAAAACACAGACCCACGACACACGUCAACGCAUUAAAUGCAAAUGGAAAUGUG